AUGACGAAUGCCGGUAAUAUAAACAGUGCAGUUCCUCGAGCUGUCGUGAUUGAUGGUGGUUGGGGAUGGAUUAUUGUAUUUGCAUCUCUUAUGAUACAUUUUAUAAUGGAUGGAAUAACAUAUUCAAUGGGUGAUUUAUUUUUACGUCCGAUGAUAGAAAAUCUAAAUAAAACUCGAGGAUCUGUUUCAACUAUUUUUGGAAUUUUACCGGCAAUAACACUUGUAACAGGACCUAUUGCAACAAUAUUUACAAAUACAUAUGGAUGUCGAAAGGUAACAAUAGUUGGAGCUUGUCUUGCUGCUGCUGGUUUUUUAGCAAGUUAUUUUUGGGCGAAUCUUUGGUUUUAUUAUCUUGCCAUUGGUAUUAUUGGAGGCAUUGGUUUUGGUUUAAUCUAUUUACCUGCUAUUGUUUCGGUUGGUUUCUAUUUUGAAAGGCGACGUUCUUUUGCUAUGGGAAUUGCUGUUUGUGGUUCAGGUUUGGGCACAUUGGUAUUUCCAGCUGUUAUGCCAUAUGCUAUGAAUGCACCAUUGUGGUUCGAUUAUGAAGGUGUUCUUCUACUCGAGGCAGCAAUUAUCUUUAUUUGUGUUAUAUUUGGUGCUUUAAUGAUUCCAUUGCCACAAGAACCAAGUGAAAUAAGACGUAUAGAACGAAAAUCACGAGCAGAAGCUAAACGACAAGCAUUCAAAGCAGGAACUGCUGCUAGUCAAAAUGAUGAACAACAAAGUCAGUUACUUCCGAUGAAUGAAAAAAGUGAUAUUCCAUUACAAAAAAUAGAUGUAGUUAUAAGAGAACCAGCUUCUGUUGUUCCUACUGAAGAGAAAUAUUUAUCUGAUGGUAAACGUCGAGUGUCACUAUCAGAUAUGAAGACCAAUAACCUUUACAUUAAUCAUUCAACAAACAAAACUGUUUCAGGAUCUCAUGAAAAUGUAUUCGAAACACUGACAACGAAUUUACCAGUCGUAGUUUCACGUAAAGAUGCGAUUUAUCAAGGUAGUUUACAUAAUAUUCCAUUAUAUAACGAGGAUACUGAGGACUAUCAUCGUCAAGUAAUAAAAACAAGUGAUAUGAAAAAUGAAACAAUUAACAAAGCUGAAAAAAAAUCAUUUCUAGCAAAAAUUGCUGAACAAAUUGAUUUUAAUUUAUUAAAAGAUGCUGCAUUUGCUUUAUUUACAAUAUCAAAUUUUUUGACAAGUCUUGGUUUUUAUGUUCCAUACAAUUUUGCUAAUGAUUUAGCUACUGAUACGAAAGUAGUUGAACAUCAAAGACAUUGGAUUAUUAUGUCUAUUGGUCUAACUAAUUGUGUUGGUCGAGUUAUUAUUGGUUAUUUAGCUGAUCGAUCAUGGGUUAAUCGUUUAACAUUAUACAAUACAGGAUUAAUAAUUACUGGUAUAGCAACAAUGUUUGCACCAUUUUGUAAUUCUUUUGUUCAUACACAUAUGACUUAUGCUGGAAUAUUUGGAUUUUUUUCUGGUGGUAAUGUUGGUCUAACAUCAAUUAUUAUUGUAGAUUUAGUAGGUGUUGAUAAAUUAUCUGAUGCUUUUGGUGUUCUUUUAUUAUUUCAAGGUACUGCUGUUGUUCUUGGAACACCAAUUGUUGGCACAAUGCGUGAUGCUUUUUCAGAUUUUAAUCGACCAUAUCUCUGGCCAUAUUUAAUAUCUGGCGGUUCAAUAUUAAUAGGUGGUUUGAUUUUAUUUGCUAUUCCAGUUUUAAAACGACGAACAGAACUUCAUCAACAACCAACAAAACAUCAAUUGCAAAUGGGAGUUUUAUCAUUGUCAAGACAAGAUUUAUCUGCACUGAAACAACAACAACUUUAA